AGGCCGAUUGAGGUCACGAACUUCACUGGCGGGAUAUUGAUAAUACAGAGUAGUGUGUAACGGCUGUUUUGCUAGCAUACUUAUAACGUUAUAAACAGAAACAUGAGAGGAAAGUUUAUUAGCGGAUAUUUGACGGAUAAUAAGCAUAUGCCUGUGUGGAUUAUAUUGCUUAUUUUUAUUGUAAUUUUGAAUUCUUGUUUAGCGUUAGCCGAAAAUGAUUUUGAAAGACUUAAUAGGGCCGUGAUUACAGUAAACACUACAAAUAAGCAGGCUUUGUUUACACUCUUACAGAAGUACGACUUUAGUUUGCUACAUGAGAUUACACCUUCAACAUAUAUAUUCGAAUAUAUAAGUUACCAAGGCAACAAGACAUUACAAGAAGCUUGCCAAACAGUAUUAGAUGUGUUUCUAAAUGAGAUAAUUGAUGCAGAGCCAGUAAGAAUGUAUCAAAAUGCAUUGCAACCAUGGGACCCGGGAAAAGGUACCAAUAUAGAUGCAUUUGAAAACGUACAUUUAUCAAAUAUAAACAUUGAGCAUAACUAUGGUAUGGACAUUUCAAAAGUAUGGUCACGUGGGCAUAGCGGUAAAGGGGUCACCUUUGCUGUUACCGGUGUAGGAAUAGAAGAACAACUUUUGGAUUUGCGGAAAAAUACGAACCCGAAUCUUAGUUUCAACUUUGUUUCUGACAAGUCAGAUGUAACACCUGAAGUCUUCAAGCGCAGCCAGAAGAAAGCGUUGCUAUUUACCGAUCAUGGAAACAGAGUUGCCGGAAUUCUAGCAGCUGAAAGAGGCAAUGGUAUCUGUAGUGCUGGAAUCUCAUACGACAGCAGUGUAGUAGGAAUAAAGAUGUUUGCGGUGCGUAUGGUUGCUCAACCACCACAUACACCUAUACUAAGACAUUUAACUGCAUCUGACAUUGUCUCUAAAGCACUUACACAUCGACUGGAUGACAUAGAUAUAUACGUCAACGCGUGGACACCAUCAGCACCAUUUGAUUCUCUCGAUCUUGCUACAAGAGAAGCGAUAGCACAUGGUGCCAAAAUGGGAAGGCACGGGUUAGGAGCUGUGUACAUAGUACCUGCAGGUCCCACAGGCAACCUGCUCUCCAACAAUAUUCACACUAUUGCUGUUGGUAUGUUUGGUGUAAAUGGAACUGUUCACAGUGGUUCUGUAAAGGAUGCAAGCGUACUCACUUCUGGUCUUGGAGACGGAAAUAGUCUUACUUCUUCGAGUGUGAUAACAACAUCACAUUACAACAAAUGUAUCUCGAGUUUUAAAGGUUACUCUGCAGCUGUUGCCCAAGUUGCUGGAAUAAUUGGACUAGGUCUUGAGGCAAACCCCAGCCUGUCAGUAAGAGAUAUUCAACAUUUAUUGGUGAAAGCUUCGGGUACAAGAGGCAUCAAAGUGGCUGCGACAUUUAAAAGAAAUGGUGCCGGUCUCUACUUCCACGAGAUGUUUGGCUUUGGAUUGCUUAACGCGGACAAAUUUGUUUCGUUAUCAGAAAAGAAUACACCAGUCUCAUCACUGAUUGAGACAAAACUUCAGCCAUAUGAACCAAAAGUUGUCAAUGCCUUCACAAGAACAGUGAAGUUUUGUAGUAGCUGUGAUAUUUUGAGAGGUCAGCAUUGUUUGACUACCAUAGAGCAUGUGUCUGUAUUGGUGGAAAUCGGUACACCCACAGAUGAUAUAUUUAUGGAGCUGAUAUCUCCCAGUGGCACUCGUUCUGUUGUGAUGGACUUUCAGAAAAGCCAGGGUACUUCAACCACUUAUAAAGAGGCAAAACUGGUGUCUGUGAGUUUUUGGGACGAAAUUCCUUUUGGAAUCUGGAUAUUAACCGUUGAGUCCAAGCUGUCGGGCAGUGACAUACGCUUGAAUACUAGUUCAUUAAUACUAUAUGGAACUCAUAAUAGGUCCAUUACUAAUACCGGACAUGGGUCCGUUAAAACUCUGUGUAAAAGUGACAAGUCAGCUGAAAACAUUCGUACUGCUGCUGUUAAAACAACACCAUUGGAAUCUUCUCCAACGAAAACUGCUAACACUGUUGAAGAACACAAGACAAAUAUAGCAGUAAUCGUUAUUUUACCUGUGGGUAUAGUUAUAAUGUGUGGAAUAUUAGUGUUCAUUUUUAUGAGAGGUGGUACUCAUGGACCUGUUUCUUCGUUCGGAAAGCCCGCUAAGAAAAAGACAAAGAAACCGGACCCCGUCUCUCCUCGGCGUGUUAAUGACACCCGCCUCCAUCGGCAGGUAAGCCUGCUACGAGAGAAGUCGAGAAGUGAGAGCGCAUCUGAAGAUUUAACUGAAGAUAUAGAAGGGGAAGAGGAAGAAUUAAAUAAGACAUGAAAUAUCAUAUAACCUUCAAAAUGACUCCUGCCUCCUCUGGCAGGUGAAAUCUUUCUUCGACAGAAGCCAGUACAAGAGAGCCCGGCUGAAGAUAUUGAUGGUGAAGAGGAAGACUUAAACCAGAUAAAGUAUCAUAUGAUCAUCAAAAUAACUCAAACUAGUAUUGCUUCUAGUUGUUGCAAGAUGCUAAUGGAAUUCUUAAACCACAAUCAAAAGAGCAUUUUUAAGGCCUGGAGUGAGUUAUAUAGUGAUCUGUUAGAUGAAUAAUAUCUGUAGAUACUUUCUAUGGCAGAAUGUUCAUUUUGAUUGCGUUAUAUCCAAUUCAACAAAAUUUUGCUCAAGGUUUUUUAUUCAGCGUUCAGAAAUAUUUAUCUACACAAGACAAACAGUACGGGAUAUAUUCGAAGCCUGGGGGAGAAAAAAGACUCAACAAUUUAUAGUAACAUUUCAUAACUUGUUGUAAAGCAACUACUUAAUAGAAUUACCUUGACAAAAUCUGUAUUGUGAAGAGGAAUGUUGAUGCAGUAUUCUAUUACUAUUAUACCAUGGCAUUUUAUGAAAACAUUUGUUUUUAGGUUGUGUUGUUACGUAAUGGACGUGUCUAUGAUCUAAAACGUAUUUUUAUCAUAAAGUAAACCUAAAUAUACAAAUACACUUCACUAAACUAUCAAAUUGUAAUGAGAAGAAAAGAAGCCACUAUACCAAAUUUGUUGCAGAUAUGUGCCUAUUGGCAGUAGAUUUAAGGCAUCUAGCCCAUGUUAAGAAAGACAUAUCUUUCAUUCACCUUACCGGCACAUUCUUAUAAAUAUGUUGGUAAAAUAACGUUAGAUCGUGCAUUGUCUCAGCUAAGGGCAUUUUUUAUCUCCUUAAAAGCGACUAAUUUGUGUUUACAAUAUCAUCUAGUCGGAACCUCAGACUGUGAUACGCCCCGUUUCAAACAAGUAAAGAUACAAAAGGUAUUUGGCACGUGCAUAUAUCAGUGUACAAGAGCUUUAAUGGAAUCAUUUUACCAUAUUUAUACAUUCAUGUUUUAUACCUCAUUUAUCUUAAGCAUAUUAUGCAUAAAUUAAAUGUUCAUUGUUAGAGUGUGACGUGUAAAUGGCAUUAAUUUAGGUAUUUUUCAAACUAUUUUGUUGACUGUGUUAUGAAUUAACUAUUGUUUCUACUGUAUAUUAUCUGGCUUGAGAAAAUUGAUUGCUUUGUAUUUUUGUUUCCCAAAAUGUCUUUCGUCUUCCAAUGUUUAGAUAUCAGGGCAAGUUAAAUGAUGAUUGUAGUAAUUUAUUAUCUGCAUUACUGUUUUAGAUAUAUUAAGACAUGUGUGUUUUAGAUUUUAUCUUGUAUCGAGACCUGUACGAUAUUAAUAUGUAAUUGAAUUUCGUGGUUAAGUAAUAUAUCUACUAUUUUAGCCGUGCCAUGAGAAAACCACCAUAGUGCAUUUGCGACCAGCAUGGAUCGAGACUAGCCUGCGCAUCCGCGAAGUCUUGUCAGGAUCCAAGUUGUUCGUUUUCAAGGGCUAUUGCAAUUAGAGAAAUGAUUAGCGACCAACAUGGAUCCUGAGCAGACUGCGCGGAUGCGUGCUGGUCGCAAAAAGGAUGGCUGUAUCUGUAAGUGGAUCGGAGUCAUUGCAUCAUUGUUAGAACAGCUACCUCAGUGUCAUUACAAUAGUCUACAUGAAAGUAUCUGUUGACCACAGCUAUUUAUAUAUUUUUGACCGGUAUCUAAGAGAUACGUUUAAUUCUAGACGACGGCAACACUAAAGUAUAACAAUAUAAUAUAAAAUAUCACGGAACAUGAUCAGUGCUACCAUACGAUUUUAAUGUAUUUCAGGUUUUGAAAUUCAGUUAAUUAUGCUUUUCAUAUAAAGAUAUAUAUUUUCAUUUGAUGAACAUUAUGUUCCCUUCUUCCAUAUUUCUCUGCUUACACCUUAAUCCAUUUUCUUUUAUCAUCUUUUCGAAUGUUUAUAACUUCUUCAUGUAAUCAUAAAUAUGUUAAAAUGUUUAUGUUGAAUAAUACUGUUCCAUAAGUUGAUAUUUUCAUCCGCGCAUUUUUUUAAUUGUUUGAUUGGAAAGUACUUUCAGUUUAAGCGUAACUUGCAGGAAAAUAAAUUUUAUGCCUCUUCUUGUAAAGAAUACAGACUGUUGUAAAAGCAGGACAAAUUUUUAUUACACUGGAACCUUUUUUAAAAGUGUUGUCUCCCUUGAAAUUCGAUAAA